AUGUCCCCGAGACAUCCCGAUUGCCAUGGCAACCUCAUCAACACGCCGCUGAGAUUCGCCGGAGCCGACGGCUGGCUGGUCCUCAGGUUGGUCGGGCUGCUGGUCUUCCUGGGCGCCGCCUCAUCGUGCCCCAUAAACUGCGACUGCCACAGCAAGACCAGCCUGGUACAAUGCCACCCAUCAUCCCCCCAGGAGAUCCCAGAGGAUUACCCCCACUGGGUCCAGAACUUGUCCAUCACCAACAGCAACAUCCCCAUCCUCCGAUCCUCCACCUUCCGGAGGAACGGAACAAACCUGCACAACCUGACCACCCUGAUACUGGUCAAUGACAACCUGCAAGCCAUAGAGGCCAGGGCAUUCUCCGACCUCCCCAGACUCACCACCCUGGACAUGAGCCUCAAUGCCCUCCGCAACCUUCCAGGUGAGGCUUUUGCUGGAUUAUCUCACCUCCGAGUCCUGAAACUGAACCAAGCCCUCGGAGAACCAAGUCUGAUCUUCAACCUUCCAUGGACUCAGCAUCUGCGGAGCCUCCAGACUCUUGAAGUAUCCGGCAAUGGUCUCCAGAGCUUCCCCUUGGCUUUGAUGGACCUGGAGAACCUGCAGAUGGUCCACCUGGGAAAUAACUCCAUCCAGAGACUGAGUGAGGAGGAGAUCUCAGUGCUCAGAGACAGGAAAAUCCGAAUUUAUAUGAGUCUGAACCCCUUUAUCUGUGACUGUAGAAUCAGGGACAUGGUUUAUUGGCUCCACAAUUCUUCUCAGACUUUGGACGCCCAGAACCUCAGGUGUUCGGAACCUCCAGACCUCAACGGGUCCCUGGUCUUCAAUCUCAAGGUGGACUCCAUGAAAUGUAAAAAUGAGGACCUGGAGACGGCCUCCUAUGUCUUCUUUGGGAUAGUCCUGGCCCUCAUUGGGGUCAUAUUCCUCAUGGUCCUCUACCUGAACAGACGAGGGAUUAAGAGGUGGCUGAACAACUUUCGGGAGGCCUGUAGGGAUCAGAUGGAGGGCUAUCACUACCGGUAUGAGCAGGACUCCGAUCCCAGGAGGUCCAAUGCUUCCACCGGGAUAUGA